AUGGCCCAGAUUCUUCAGAUCUUGGCCCAACAGACUGCCAACCUAACUCAACAACAGGAAAGACAGGCUAAUCCCCAGGUUACUUUCAAAAACUUUCAGCCUAUCAAUCCUCCAGAGUUUAAAGGUUCGGCAGACCCUAUUGAAGCUAGGGUAUGGUUGAAAGAAAUUGAGAAAGCGUUUGUAUUAGUAAAGGUAAGAGAAGAGCGAAAGACUGAGUUUGCUAGUUAUUAUCCGAAGGAUGAAGCUACUUAUUGGUGGGAAUCCGUUAGAGCAAUGGAAGAGACAGAGAAUGUCACAUGGGAUAGAUUUAAGGAGUUGUUUCUGGAGAAGUACUUUCCUCAGUUUCUCCAGGAUCGAAUGGAGUUACAGUUUUUAGAAUUAAAGAAGGGAGACAUAUCUGUAGCUGAGUAUGAAAGAAAGUUUGCUGAGUUGGCAAGGUUUGUUCCAACCUAUAUAGACACUGAUAGGAAAAGGGCUAAGAGAUUCCAACAGGGCUUGAAAUCAUGGAUCAGAGGAAAGCUGGCUAUAUUGGAAUUGGAUACCUACGCAGCUGUAGUUCAGAAGGCAAUGAUAGUAGAAACAGAAAGUGAAAUGUCUCAGAAGGAGAAAGAGGGAAAGAAGAGUAAGCCAGAGCAUCAUGAAGGACAGUUUCAGCAGGGGAAGUUUCAGAAUGUUAACAAUCCGAAGAAAGGAAAAUUUCAGCCGGGGAGAAAUCCCACUUUUAAGAAGUCAGAUGUAGGUGGUAGUGGACAGAGUACCCGUCCAACUACUGGUAAUCAGUCAAGGCCUCCACUUCCGGAGUGCCAGAUAUAUGGAAAGAGACACGGAAGAGUCUGUAAUAGAUUGAACGUGGUGUGUUAUAAGUUUAAUCAGAAAGGGCACUAUUCCAGGGAAUGUCAGAACCCACCAGCAAAGAACCCAAUGAUUCGAGACCAACCAGCAAGAACCAACCCAACAGGAAUCCAGCAGUUGGGAUAA